CGGACGCUCCACGUUGCACAAACCUAAACAGCAGCUUAAAACGGGGACGGCCGGAGGAUGAGGCAACCGGAGCAUCCUCAUCAUCCGAGGCAGCACGUAGCCCACGGAGAGGAAUCAAAAUAGCAACGAGUGACGGGUGCAUCAGGGAACGGUGAUAGAUUAAAACUGUCGAGGGAUAUCGUGCGACUCUGCGCCGGAUCCUCUGUCUGAUAACAGCAACGCAGCUCUUGUUGCAGCCAGACAGCGCAGCGUUGUUUUCCCCCCCAUCCGCUGAGGAGCAUCUGUGUGAUCAUGGGUUCGUCCUUUCACUAAUAUCGUUGAAGCGGCAACCAAAAUUCAACCGAGAAAUUCUCUAGUAAAUAACAUGGGUUCCAGACUGAGCAGACAGAGCAGUCUGGACAAUGAGAAUUUUUCCAAAAAGCGACGCAAGCAUCUAGAUAGCACGGGAGAGAGCGACAGGGGCAGUCGGGGCGGCGGGGACUUUCUGUUUGCACUGAUGCUGAAAUCAGACAAACUGCCUGGGAUGCUGCGGAGGACCAACCAUAGUCCGUACAUGAGGCGAGUGGCGUGGAUCAAAGAGAUACAGAAGCUGCUCCGUGACCGCAGGAUAGAGCAGGCUACCGACGUGCUCAAAUUACUGAGGAAGGAUCUGGGUUUGGAAGGCACCUCGCUCAACGACAUCUUAUAUAAGAACGCUGCCUUCCUCAACCUGGUGGACCCGAUCUCCCACGAGCUGCUGCUCAGCCUGGCCCGCGAGAUGCAGUGUCCAAAGAAGGAUACAGACACCAUUAAGUCCUCUGAUAAGAUUUGCCGACAGCUGAUCUACCACCUGACGCCGCACUCCAAGUGGCUGAGGCAGAGCAUGUCCAGACGGAAAUCCCAAGCCUGUCUCAAGACUACUCUACAGAAAAAGCUGUCCAGUGACACGGUCGACCUGUCCGGCAUCCCCCUGUCCAGCCGAGAUGUUCGUCAGGUGGCCUUCUACCUCCAGAACAACAGGGACACCAUCGUGGCCGUGGACAUCAGCUUCACUGAACUCCACGACGAGAACCUGAGGCUUCUUUUGCCUCUUCUGGGCUCGCUGCCUAAACUCAGCACCCUGGCUCUCAACGGUAACCGGCUCACCCUGGCUAUCGUCAAAGACCUCACAGAGAUGCUAAAAGACCCCAAGAAGUUCUCCAGCCUGGCGUGGAUAGACCUCGGCAACAAUGUGGAUAUUUUCACCAUGCCCCAGCCGCUGCUGGUCGCCCUGCGCCGACGCUGCAGCCUGAAGAGCAGCCUGCCCACAAUCUACGAGUACACCGAGGGCCAGCCCUACUGCUACCACCUGGAGACUUCGAUCGAGGAGCCCAGCCACUAUGAGGAGGAAGAGGAGGAAGAGGAGGAGGGAGAGGAUGACGAGGACGAAAUGGGAAACAAACUGGAGCUUGAGCCGUGGGGCUUGGGGGGAAAGCGUCUCUGCAAAGACUUCACCCUUCACUACUGUGAGAGGUGAUGGGGUGUUUUCUGGUAGGCUCACCCAACUGUGGCUGAAACGUCGUCCCGCAGCACUCUGUUACUUCCUUUGCCCUCUUGCCCUCACACCAUGAGCCCAGUCACCCUUCGAGGCACGAGGGAGUCCAGCGCCCACAUUGUGAAAUCUUGUCCCAACACGGCAACCGAGCCUAUCUUAACCAUCUCUGAGUUAACCCACACAAGAUGACAGUACAGUGAUAAUCACGAUGAGGGACUUACUGUGUUGGCGGAUGGUGCUCUUGGGAACAAGGUGCGGUUUCAUUGGAGGGGGGCUGGAAGAGUUAAUGAACCGGUGCUCUCUCUCUCUCCCCCUCUCUCUCUCUCUCUCUCUGAUAGUGGCAGCUGAGGAGCCAGUCCCAAGGAGAUUAGAUCAAUUGGCUGAAUGGAGGAGCAGCAUCCCGGUGGUAGGUGAAGUGGAACUAGAGUUAGUUUGGAAAUAGUAGAUCCCUCUGGGUUCUCUACCAGGACUGAGGCUAUCUCUGGCAGGCAGGGCCUAGCUCCACAUUGUGUGUUCUCUGUUAAUCUCUCAACAAAAGCUAUGACACAAGUUCAACAGACUAUACAGCCGACGACCUGUCACGUGACGCCGGCAAAACUGCUAAGUCAAGACUUUUUGCGUUUUCCCCCCCUUUCGAAAUGUCCACUUGUGAAUACCCACGCAUCACUUGUGUAGAUGUAAAUGAGGACACAAAACAUGGCUCUGUUGUGUUUCCACGGGCUAUUUUUGUGCACUUUUGGUGAACAAAGCAAUCUUAGAAGACAACAGGUAGGACUCACCAAUGGGUAGCUGUCACCGAUUGUCUUUGUACUUGCCUAAAUGCUGAUAUCCAUCUCUUUGUGGUUAUUUAUUUACUGUAGUCAUCAUCAUGUGAAGUAAAGUGUUCUAAUGCAUAUAUGACACUACAGCCAGCCGUUCAUCUGGACCACUGAGUCUGAGCAGCAAGGGCAUGCCAAAUGAAGUCACGGCUGAGCAUUUCCUACUGCUGAUCUUCUCUACAAUUGUGUUGUGUUUUUUAUUUAUUUACAGGCCGACUUAUGUGGCCCUGUGUUCAUUGUGAGAUGCAGAAACGACUGUUAUAUAUCGGUUGUAGUCAGAGCAGACUGAGAAAAGCGUCAGAAGAGUCUUUUUUUUUUUUUUUGCAGUAGCACAUUCUGAUUAAGUUAGACUGACCAACUCACUGCAAUGCACUUUAACAGCUAUUUUUUUAUCAUGCGCUCAGACCGAUUUCAGUUCCGUAACAAGCACUGUUUUUGAUUAUGACUUCUCUCAGCGUCACUUACACAACAUGAAUUGAAAUGAAAGUCUACCUUUUUUUUUUUUUUAGUUAAAACGAUGACCAAAAGGCUGAUGAUUGUUAUAGAGGGAUCACUGGAAAUCAUCAUACUUGUAUCAUCAGAUAUAUAAUAAAUGUUGAAGUGUGUAUUAUGUGUGUUUGUCGUUGUGAAAUGUCUGAUUACUGCUGUAAUUAUUUGUGUUAUUGUUUUGGUGUUUUGUCUUUUGUCCGACCCGAUAAUUAUGAUAAUUACUCUAAUGACUAUGAAACUGAGCACAGUAACCUCCUUAGCUGAAACAAUGAGGAAGUAAACAACAGGGACAUGCCUGAUAUGAUUACACCACAGCAAAUUGUUCACCAAAUAUAAAUUCAGCUGGGAAUACUUAGCUGUUGCAAUCAGUGUGGACACUUGUAUGUACAAUGUUUUGUCCGACUGAAGGAGAGCACUGUACACUUGGUUCACAGCUCAUAUUUUGUGUGUCAGUGUCCAACUCUUAGUUGUUGUACCCUGUGUGUAUCUGUCUCAUGCUAAACUUUGAUUAUUGAUUGCCAAUAAAAGAACUGAUCAAAAAUCAAA